GGAAGUUGUAUUUUUUAACAAUACAACUUAACAAUUAGGUGCGCGUGGUCAGCAGCAAGAAAGGGAGAACUGCAGCUAACAGGUGGGAAGUUUACAAGCCGUCUCCAGGCUUGCAUCACUCCAAACACCGCUUCCCAUAACAUACACACUCUUAACUUCACCUCAGGGCCUGCAGAGAGUGCCCAUUGUUAUCACCCGCACCCUACAGCCACAAACACAGCCUGAUAUUCAUCUAACAUACACACAAAUUUACAACUCUAGCCGCUCACACAAGCAGGUCCUCUCGCCACAUACACACACUCGCCUUUUGCCUCAUCAGCGGCAUCAUGUUGAGCCAGGAGUUCUUACAGAAGCUGAGGUUGCCAGAUCUGGAGGAUGUUAUUCAGUACAUCAGGAGUGUCUCACCCCCGGUGAUAGUUAGCAUGGGAGCAGUGGCUGUCGCGACGACCUACUACCUGGCAACAAGACCCAAGGCCUUCCCAUCAGUCUGUGACCUCCACAUGCAGUCAGUUGAGGUUCCGGGUGGAGAUUUGGCACGCAGAUCGGUUCUUCAGAACGGAGACGGUUACUUGACACAUUUAUUCGAUGACGCCAGGACAAUGUAUGAGUUCUUCCUCAGAGGGGUCCGAGUCUCCAAUAACGGUCCAUGUCUGGGCUCCAGGAAACCGAAACAGCCCUAUGAAUGGAUGUCGUACAGAGAGGUAAUGGAGCGAACAGAAAAUCUGGGUUCAGCAUUUCUUCACAAAGGACACUCCAAGACCACUGAACCCCACAUCGGCAUCUUCUCUCAGAACAGACCUGAGUGGACCAUCAGCGAGCUGGCAUGUUACACCUAUUCCCUUGUGUCAGUGCCCUUGUAUGACACCCUUGGCACAGACGCCAUCGCCUACAUUAUAGACAAAGCUUCCAUCUCCACUAUAGUAUGUGACACGGUAGAUAAAGUCAGCCUGGUACUGGACUGUUUUAAGGACAGGAAACACUCUGUGAAAACCAUUGUUCUAAUGGAAACCCCUAGUGCUGACCUGGUCCACAGGGGGAAACUGGCGGGAAUCCACAUCCUCAGCCUGCAGGAGAUGGAGGCUAUCGGGAAGGUCAACCAUCACCAACCAGUGCCUCCGCAACCUGAGGACUUGGCAGUCAUCUGCUUCACCAGCGGAACAACAGGAAAUCCAAAGGGAGCUCUGUUGACACAUGGGAAUAUUGUGUCCAACUGCUCAGCCUUCAUCAAAAUGACAGAGUUUUGCUGUCAAUUUAGUCCCAGUGAUGUCCAGAUUUCUUACCUGCCCUUGGCUCAUAUGUUUGAGAGAGUUGUACAGGGAGUGAUGAUAGUGCAUGGAGCCAGGAUCGGCUUUUUCCAAGGAGAUAUCCGUCGGCUGACAGAUGACCUGUCCACACUGAAACCUACUGUGUUCCCUGUGGUGCCCCGACUCCUUAACAGAAUGUAUGAUAAGAUCUUUGGGCAGGCCGACACCCCUUUGAAGCGCUGGCUGCUGGGAUUUGCCUACAGGAGGAAGGAGGCAGAGAUGCUGAAAGGCAUCGUGAGGAGAGACAGUAUCUGGGAUCGACUUAUCUUCAGGAAGGUCCAGGCCAGCCUCGGAGGUCGCGUUCGCCUCAUGAUAACCGGAGCUGCUCCCAUCUCUCCUACUGUUCUCAAUUUCCUCAGAGCUGCAGUAGGCUGUCAGUUCUAUGAAGGCUAUGGACAGACAGAGUGUACUGCUGGGUGCACACUGUCCAUGCCAGGGGACUGGAGUGCUGGUCACGUUGGAGCUCCUCUGCCCUGUAACUCAGUUAGACUGGUUGAUGUGCCUGAGAUGAACUAUUUGGCUGUAAACGGAGAGGGAGAGGUGUGCGUGAAGGGUACUAACGUGUUCCAGGGCUAUCUGAAGGACCCAGAGAAGACAGCAGAGACUAUUGAUGCAGAUGGAUGGGUUCACACCGGAGACAUUGGAAAAUGGCUUCCAAAUGGAACACUGAAGAUCGUGGACAGGAAGAAGCACAUCUUUAAGCUGGCACAAGGCGAGUACAUUGCUCCGGAGAAGAUAGAGAAUGUCUACAUAAGGAGCGAUGCAGUGGCGCAGGUCUUUGUGCAUGGAGACAGCCUGCAGGCGUGUCUGGUAGCAGUGGUGGUCCCUGACCCUGACUUCCUGCCUGGCUGGACCAAGAGGACCUUGGGACAGGAGGGCAGCUACGAGGAGCUAUGUGGCAGAGCGGACGUCGAAGCAGCCAUCUUGGAGGACAUGUUGCGGCUGGGCAAGGAAGGAGGCCUCAAGUCCUUUGAGCAGGUGAAGGCCAUCUACAUCCACACCGAGCUGUUCUCAAUCGAGAACGGCCUGCUCACUCCAACAAUGAAGGCCAAGAGGAACGAAAUGCGACAGUACUUCAGACCCCAGAUAGAUGAGCUGUAUGCUGGGAUCAAAAUGUAGAGGGAGAGGGGGAGAGUAAAGUGCAAGAUAAGACACGAGAGCUCUACCAAAAGUGUCUUCAGAUGAAGGACAAAAGGAAGAAGCAGCGCUAAAGCAAGCAUUGGGAAGCAAAUGAAGAGGUCCCCUCAGACCUAUUCUAACCAGACUGCUUCGUGACCAGUAACACUAGAAACAAAAGGAACGGGAAGUGAUAUAGCUUUUAAAUGAACUUGAUUCAUAGCAUUUAGAACAAAAUGAAAUGAACUGUAGGAUCUAUGGCACAGAAUAUAAAGCCUCUGAGGGUUCAGAGUAGAUUUUAUGCUUAGAAUAAAUGUGUCCGUUAAUGAAAUAGUUUUGCCAAAGCUAUGCAAACUAUACACUGUGAUUAUAUGUUGAUUCUAAUCAGCUAUUUUGUUCCAUUAUCUCGUUUAAAGGCAUUUUAAAGGGAAGCAGUUCUCCUCUGUAGCAUCACAUAUCUCAGGAAUUCUGCAUCAUGAACCACAUACAAUAGCUGCUGCUACACACACACACUCACAAACUACUUAACUUGAAACUGAAAACAGUGGAACUGGUUCACUGAGGGCCAUAUUGACGACUUUUGUAACCCAAACACCCUCACACAUCACAACUUGAACAUUUUAGUGUAUUUGAUGAGAUUUUUUUUUUUUUUGUCAGAUGUCAUGAUUUUAUUUUACCAUGUUUGUUGAGUUAGUUCAAUUGAAGUUGAAAUCCACAGUGGGUAGCAGGAUUGUUUCUGUCAGGUCCUUCAAUCUUUUCACGAAUAAGCUUGCGUCCAAUUAGGACCUGGGAACAAGCAGAAAGAGCCAUAUUGAAGAUUACACAACCAAAGCUAGCUGUACACAGGGACUUCAGGUACUAAAGAACACUCAGGACAUAGGGAAACUGUAUCAAUGUUUUAAUUUAUUUAUGAUGGGAACAGGAACAGAAGAGACUUGUUGAGGGAAACGGUUUAUUUUAAUUUUUUGCUAUAUUAGGGUGAAAAGAUACAUUUCAGAAUAACAUUGUUUGCAACCUGAAUGAAAUCCUCUUGAAUCUUUAUGGUUUUAAUUUCAUGGAAGUACUUUUAACACUGGUCUUGCUAUAACUGUUUAUACCGUCAUCUCAGAUUUGUUUUGUAAAAAUGUAAUUAAAAAUCAUUAAGACCUGUUUGAUCUCAUGUCUAC